CGAAAGGGCUUACAUUACACCAGAUGCUUUCAGUUUUCUAAUGGCAUCGUUUAUGGCGGACCAGUCAGGGACGAGCAGAUUUUCCAAUUUCCACCACCUCAAUGCUUAGCCGCCGGCGUGUCCUGUCACUAUAUAGGCUUAAAUUGGCCUCAACCGCUUACUCCGGCGAGGAAAACCUAGGUAUUGGCGUAAGCAUUACAUCGUAUGGACUCCAGCAGUUGACAAUUGCCACUCAAAAGGGAGUUAAUGUUGUAAUAAACAGAAAAUUCAUGGAAUCAAAGAAGAACUUUCCCCUUACCGCAAACGAUUACGAGUUGUAUGAGGAAAUUGGAGAAGGCGCCUGUGCUACUGUAUAUAGAGCUCUUUGUAUACCUCUGAACGAGACUGUUGCAAUCAAGGUCCUUGAUUUCGAGAAAUGUGAUAAUGACUUGGAUGGUAUCGGGCAACAGGUACAAACGAGGAUUUUGAUUGAUCAUCCAAAUGUCUUGCGGGCUUACUGCUCCUUCACCACUGGCCAUAAUCUAUGGGUGGUGAUGCCUUUCAUGGCUGGGGGAUCUUGCCUUCAUAUUCUGAAGACAUCUUUUCCAAAAGGUUUUGAGGAGGCCGUUAUUGCAACAUUAUUACGUGAAGUUCUUAAAGCUCUGGUGUAUUUUCAUGCCCACAGACAUAUCCACAGAGACGUGAAAGCUGGGAACAUCCUGAUUGAUUCUGACGGUAGUGUUAAAUUAGGAGACUUUGGAAUUGCUGCAUGUAUGUUUGAUACCAGUGAUCGUCAGCCAUCAAGAAAUACAUUUGUCGGUACCCAAUGCUGGAUGGCUCCUGAAGUCAUGCUGCAGCAAGUGCGUGGAUAUGAUUUUAAGGCAGAUAUCUGGUCAUUUGGAAUAACAGCGCUUGAGCUUGCUCAUGGUCAUGCACCAUUCUCCAAGUACCCUCCAAUGAAGGUUCUGCUGACGACCCUUCAAAAUGAUCCUCCAGGGCUGGAUUACGAAAGAGAGAAAAGAUUCUCAAAGUCUUUCAGAGAAAUGAUUGCUUCGUGCUUGGUAAAGGAUCCCGAAAAGCGCCUCACCUCAGAAAAGCUUUUGAAGCUCCCCUUUUUCAAGAAUGCUCGCUCAAGUGAUUAUUUGUCACAUACUAUCCUUGAUAGCUUGUCCCGACUUGGUGAAAGCUUUAGGACGCUUAAGGCUAAAGAAAAGGACAUUCUUGUUCAAGAUAAGGAAUUAUGUAAGGAUAAAGAGCAUCUAUCACAGCAAGAGUAUAUUCGAGGAAUCAGUGCCUGGAACUUUAAUUUGGAGGAUCUGAAGAAUCGAGUCGCCCAUGUAAGCCUACUAUCCAUUGUUCAAUUGCGUAAUGUAUCAGAUUUUAUAAAUGCCAGAUUCAUUAGUAGUUAUUCGCAGAUUCAAGAUGAUCUCAUUUCAAAUUCAGAAGAUUCAAGUGUGAGUGGGAAGCAAAUUGACGCACAAGAUGAUAUCGGGUUUACUAUGAAUAGAGUGUAUCCCGAGCGAGUUAAUCAUUUUAAUGCUGCUUCUCAAUUGGAAGAUGAGCUAAAUGAUAUCAAUGACUUGGAUCCUUCUGUUGCUUCAUUUCCUAGUAAACCUCUUCAGGCUCUAAAGGACAACAAAUGCAUGGACCUUAUGAGAAUCGCGAAAUCUCUUGAAGCUGAUAACCAAAUCAGUUAUGAUCGAGAACGCCCCAGCAAACAUAGACGAUGCGUACCUCUCAGGUGUAACAACUUGUUUCAAAGACUUGUUGACAUUUACUCUCGCCUGUUCCUAAUCCACUACCCGGAGUUCAAGCUCAUCGUCGAGGCUCACUCUGGUCAACCGAACAUCUCAUCGGUCAAUGGUGCAAAGUCCGCCGCAACCGCGCUCGUCUCCGCCUGGUUUUGGGACUUAUACGUUUCGCUUCGAAAAUCAGUUCAGUCAGUCUCUGGUUCUGCAUUUACCCAACACUUUGGCACACCUCAAUCGUUCAUUCUUGAACGUUACGACAGAUUUCUGGUUCACCUUAAUGCUAUCCUCCGCCCAACGCACAUUCAGUACACUAUUGCAGAUGCAGUGUACAUUCCUUUGAUUACCACCACCUAUGACUGGAACAACCUCCAAAACCCAUUCACCAUCACUGACAUGAAAGUGGACGAAGAUUAUGCUUACGCUCUCAUGGAAAUCAUGGAGAAGAGGAACUCUUCCUGGAGGAUUGAGAAGCUGAGUUCCGAUAUCUUUGGAACGCCAGCAUGGCUUCUCGAUUGGCACCCUGCGAACGAGAAUGUAAUAACCUUGAAACCACCUGCAGCUUAUGCCUGGUUUCCUGAUAAAUCCAACUUCAACAAGGAGGACCUUAUUGCUGCUUACAUCAUUGGAGAGGCCAUUACACCAAUACUCGGCCCUGUUGAUGCCGACGAUUGGCAACUUCUUCUCCCUGACGGGAGAAAACCAGCUGAUGUCUUCUGGGCUGAAACCCAUCGUGUCGACGCGCGGCGUUUUACAGGGUCCACAGAAGUGAGAGUCUAUGACGAGAAGAAAUUUGACUUCAUUGUCAUCCGAACCACUCGGACAUCGGGAAGCAAGCGACCAGCGCCGGACAUAGCUGGAUAUAUUCUGCCACAAUUGAAGGAAACAGUCAGCGAGGCAUCAUCCUUGGAGAAAGUGGACAUGUUUAGGAUCCUAGAUUAUUGUUAUUAUGCUAGGGUCAUAUUUAGGACUUCUGCACAAAGCCAACAUGUAGCCUUGAAGGCGAUGGCUUUUAUCUAGACGUCUUGUUAGGUGAAGUAUGUGUAUGACUCUUGAUUACUAAUCUACUAUGGCCUCGUUUACUAGCCUUGAUACGAUGGGAUAAACCAACCUUAUCCCUUGUUCGCUAAACAGGAUUGGGAUGAGAAUACAGAUGAUGUGGCAUAAGUUUGCGCACGCAUGUAUCCUUGUUGGUGGGAUAAAAAAAUUCGACCAUUGAGGUGUGAUAAAUUUAUCCUUGGUCUCAAAUGACCUUGUG